UGUGUGUGUGUGUGCAUACAUACCGACCCGCAAACAAUUCUUUAGUGGCGCGCCAUACAGUUAUUAUCUGCACCUGAGAUAUAUAUCGCGUCAGCUCUUGCAACGCAUGUAUACGCACAUCCUAUAACCUGUCUGAAUGCGCGAACUGACGUGCCAAUCGCUAUAUUUUCAUUUGCUCUCAUCGCAUAAAGUAUUCUGGACGUAAAAUUCGAGGACUUAUAUUUCGUUUUAUUUUCUCUUUACAUAAUUAUGGAAGUUAUUCGUAUUCUCUAUAAAUAUUUAAAGUCUGUCUGUGUGACUUUUUGGAUGGAGGAACCUAUAUCUAGUUAGCAACUUCCUUGUCUUUCUGGAUUAUUCCUGCUCUGUAUCUAAGGAGUGAACCCGCCCAGGUGUUGAUAACUUCGAUCCUAUUCCAUCUGUUUAAUUUCGAAUUAAGGAUCAGUCUCAGUCUACGCAAGACUUGUAGAGUACGACUUAUAAGUGAAGCAAUAUAACGAAAUAUCUUCAGCUAUUUUGCCAAAGAAAACAAUUAGAUUGCAAACCCUUUACAGAAAAUGUAGACGCUGAAAAUACGAAUUACUAUUUUGCAUCAGCUAUCAAACGAUCUGUCGUUCACACAAAUAGCUUCUUAAAAUCUCUUCAACGCAUUGAUUUGGAUAUCAACGAUACAAAGAAAGUUUAUGAUUUCCCACAAGUGAGAGAACAGCACGUCUUUAGAGGAAACACAGCAACAACUUAGUGGCAAGUUUGUUUAUAUGCGUGAUCAUUGAAUGUCUCACGAACAACGUCUGAAUAAUCAGUCAAGAAUAUAAUUCGGCUUGAAAUUCUGGAAAAGACACAAAAGCAAAAGGAUGCGCAAUACAAACCAAAAGAAAUAAAUAAAUUUAACGGCAAUGUCUGUAACAAGUGAUUACCUGAUGAAAGAGGAGAUGACAAAUACAGAUUCCAGUACAGACUGGGAAACAACUUCUCCGUCUAUACUGAGAAACAUUUAUCCUUUUAUAAUUAAAAGAGAAUCAAUUGAUGAAAUUGCAGUACCUAUCCUCGGUUAUAUAGCUCCGCCAGUCGCUGUCAUCACAAUUAUUACAAACUCCCUAGUAGUGAUCGUUCUCAUGAAAAGAAACAUGAAAUCCCCUACAAACUGUGUGCUUAUUGGUAUGGCGUUAUCUGACAUGUUUACUGGAGUUAUACCUAUGCCCUUGUAUCUUUAUUUCUACGCAGCAGGCUAUUAUCAAGAUUAUGUACCAAACUGGUGUUGCAGAAUCUACCACGUAUUUACACUACAUAUACCCACUAUAUUCCACACAGCUUCAAUCUGGUUAACCCUCACUCUGGCAAUACAGCGUUACAUAUAUAUCUGCCAUUCGUUCCGUGCACGCACUUGGUGUACUAUAAAUAACGUUAUCAAGGGAACUGUUGCUAUAUACUUCAUUGCCAUUCUUUUCCACCUUACAAGAUUUUUUGAAUAUGACUUUGAAUCAGUUGAGCUGAUGUCGUUGCUUCAUAGAAACCAAACGGUUAUUGGUUGCUAUAUUCUUCGGUCACAGUGGCUUGUCAAUUGGAUAGAUUUAUACUAUAAUGUAUAUUUCUGGUUUCGCGUGAUAUUCGUUCAUUUAAUACCAUGCACAGCGUUAGUUGUGCUCAACGGUUUGCUUAUACACGCCAUGACACUUGCUAAGAGGCGAAGGAAAUUAUUGAUUAAACAAAACAAACGAAACGAAUCCAAAAAGAUUAAAGAUACAAAUUGCACAACUCUGAUGUUAGUUGCAGUUGUCUUUUUAUUUUUGCUGGUUGAGGUGCCCCUGGGUAUUUUAAUGAUAAUUACCAUCCUGCAGAACACGUUAAAAAUCACCAUUUUUGCGGACAAUGUUAUCUUUGUGACCAGUUCCAUAAUAAACAUGAUGAUCAUGCUAUCGUACCCAUUAAACUUCUUUAUAUAUUGUGCCAUGAGCAAACAGUUUCGAAACACAUUCAAACGCAUGUUUUGCGGCGGCCCAUUACCGAUUGAUCGAGAAAGUUCCCAAUACAUGACAUUGCCAACUGAAAACGGCAAAACAAUCGUUACUACAGAUGAAACAAAGCUUUGAAACAAUUUUAUAUUCUGUGGACUAUUUCUUUUUGAAAGGAUACGCCAAGAUGCAAAUGUAGAGCUGUUAACCUGCAAGUCUACAGUAGAACCAAGAUAGAAGAUAGAAUACAUUCAAAAAUAUUAUCGAACACAAGUUGUAAAAGUUUAAACACCUGAAGAUAUAAAUUAAUGCAUAAAAUAUAUUGAAUAUAUGUGUGUGUGCGUGCGUGUGUGUGUGUGUAUGUAUAUGUGGGUGUGUAAAUAAGUCCAAGCGUAUACACAUGUAUAAAUAUGUGUUGCUGCUGUGGGACACUUUCAAAUAUUAAAUAUUUACACACAUAACAUAUACAUCACAGUGCACGCUCGUUUUUAGAAGCGUUGAAGUGUCGUUGUUGCUUUCUUUUAUAUAUGGCUGAAUGGUUAUGUUUAUGUCCAUGUAAUGAUGUGGAUGUAACGGUCUCAGAAGAUUUGUAUUUAUUUGUUCAAAAACGCAAACCGCAUAAUAUAUUAUCAGUAGAGACUACUAGUUAACAUAUCUACUUCAUAAAUAUACACACGUAUAG